UAUUCCCGCAUUUGUGAUUGCAGAUGACAACAAUGUCAAGGCCGUGGUACAUGGGCCGCAGCAGCGGGAACAGUUAAGGCAGCGAGCAGUCAUGUGUAAUGUCAUGUGGCUCCUUCGGCUCCUGACGAUCUACCGCCUGGCUCAUCUCUCAGCAUCCGGUACGCACACAGAAUUGCCUCUGGCGACGGACUCGAUUUCUACGAAAUCGACGACGGCGGCGAAGCGAUCUGUGCCGACGGAUGCACCAAUGCUGAAUUACAUCUUCGACACGCACAGCACCCUUAACAAGCAUCAGCAUCAUCACGAUCACAAAUGGGGCCCCCACUUCGAAGGCGAGAGCUCCAAUAUUACGGUCCAGGCCGGCGCCAGUGUCACUUUUGACUGUAGGAUAUCGCUGCUGCAGGACAAAACGGUAUCCUGGGUGCGACGGCAGGAGAGUAGCGAGAAGAUGAGUCUGCUGACAGUAGGCCACCAAACUUAUACGGGCGAUUCGAGGUAUACCAUCGAAUUUCAGUACCCAGACAACUGGCGUCUGCGUAUCAAGCGUGUUAACAGCAGCGACGAGGGCCUGUACGAGUGUCAGAUCAGCACCCAUCCGCCUAAGUUCAUUUAUGUUAACCUACACAUUAACGCACCGUCCGUCCAAAUAGUGGACGCCCUGGGCGAACCAUUGCGGGACAAGUACUACGAGGCUGAUAGCACCAUCGAACUACAAUGCGUCGUGCGUCAUAUAGCGAUGCAAGUACAAUACAGCGUCGUCCAGUGGCUUCACGGCAACAGAGUCUUGAACUACGACACGACAAGGGGCGGCAUCAGCGUAAAAACGGAUCUGAUGGAGGAGGGGGCCAAUUCGACUCUCAGCAUAGCUAAGGUCGGACCUACGGACAGCGGAAACUACACGUGCCAGCUUACAACCCUGCCAGACCAACCUGCGACGGUUCACGUGCACGUUUUAAACGGAGAAAGUUUAGCCGAGCUACAUCAUAGCGGCGCACGAGCGGGUGCCGCUAGCUCGUCGCUAUUCUUCCUGGCCGUUGCUAUUCUCGCCCGAUCAAGCCAGGUGCUUAGAUGAAGGCUUGACGACUUCCCACGCGGGUUUCGCGAGAACCUCGAGCUGGCGAGAAGCACCCCGUGACGAUGACAAAGAGAGACACUACUCCACGGCGUUGAAAGCGAACUUUCGCGCGCGAACUUUUCUAUUGCCGUGAGAGAGGGGUGGACGAUAAAGGGUGGGCCAAAGAGAACGAGAGAGAGAGAGAGAGAGAGGAAGUGUGUUACGCGUUUAACAUAUUGUGCAUUGACAUAAGAGAAACGGAGACAGUUGGCUGCGUUGUAUCUCUCGAAACGUCUUAUUCUAAACAUAUAGAUCGCACGGCAUUCGAGAUGUGCGCGUGUCUGUAUCGCAAGAGAACACUACCUUCGUCAGUUUCCAGCGCGAUAUCAUUCGAACGAUUAUAUUCGAGUUUUGAUCAAAGGAUAGACGUUUUAGUGAACGACCGGUUCGGAUGUCUUCUUAACCAGUGGAUAAUUUGCAAUUAAUUAGAAUUGAUAGUAUUAUACACUCGCACAUUUCUAGAGGGAGAUACUAUUAUAUUACUUUAUAUACUAUUAUAUACAAUGUGAUUAUGUGUACGGAUUUAAUUAUCAUUUAUUAGCGAUACGUUAUUCACUAAAGCGCCUAUCCUAAUUUUAGCGGCUCGGAUUCGCCCCGAUUUCCGCGUCUGCCUGCGGAGUUUCAUCAAGCUUAAACGUUUCUGUAAUGUAACACCACAGGAUGCUUGCAAACCAACUUGAUUAACCGCAAGGAUAACAAGCAAGCUGCCGAGCAGAUGUAUCCUCAUUAAGCAAAUUAUCAGGUCACUGUAAAACGGUACUGUAACACAAUUAUAUUGAUCAUGCUGUUUAGCACGCGUUAAUUACACGAUAUUAACAUCCCGCCAAGUUAUCCUAACGCAAUCGACUAGAAAUGGCAAAAUCAUAAAUCUGUGCAUCGAAUAACCGAUAACCAGUAAACAAUAAAGGUCCGCGACGUAAACUGCUAAUCGAGCUAUUGGAGUAGCUGGUAUCGCAUAUCACAAUGGCUGAUAAUCGAGACAAAUUGUUCGGUGUUCGAUUCGGCCCCAUUUAUCACUAUUCGCGUCAUUAUAUUUCAAAAUUCCGUGCAUUCAUAGAGACGUUUUUAACGUGAGAGGAAUUAAAAUAAAGAUUUGCGCGUACAACUCGCAAAUUUUUCAAUUAACAGGCUUUCAUCAUUUUAUGUAACAUUAUUUUAUUAUUGAUAAUCUAUAAGCAGCAAAAUUCUCGUAGAUAGUCCAUCGAGAGGCUAUCGCCUAUUGGUAAGGGGAUUUGUCGAUUAUUCCGAUCAGCUCACAAAUUAGCGGAUAAUUACAAUAAUAAUAUAUCAAAAACGGAUAUACGCAUAUAUAUUGUUAUAAAUCAAUUUAAUCUACGAUUAUUUUUAAUGAAAAAAUGCCAAGGAAAAUGUUAGGAUUAAAGCCAUUGAAUUAUAAUAAAGUCAUUGAAUUGACUAUAACUAUUCAUUGAGAUAUCAAUUAUGUUCUUUAUCACACAGUAUUAAUAUUGUACAUUUGUAUAAAUUUUAUUCGCGUCAAGAUACAUUCAAAUGUUGUCUUAUAGCCCGUAACUGCCGUAACAUAUGCGAAAACAAACAAUUCCGUACAGCGAAAAUUAAUUUGUGCCUCGUAUUAUAUCACAUAUCUUGCACAGCAAAAUUGAAAGCGUGGCACGUUAAGACAUCAUCUGAAUGUAUAUUGUAUAGAGAGAUGAAGGUAUCCUUGUCUUUCAUGCAGCCAACCAAAUCUCCAUGCCGUGCCGAGAAAGAGAAAAAGAGAGAGAGAGAGGGAGAGAGAGAGAGAGAGAGAGACAGAGAGAGAGAGAGAAAGUGUGUGAGAGAGAGAGGGAGAUAAUGCGCUAUAAUAUAUAAAUUUAAACUGAUUCUAACAUUUUUUUCGCGAAAAAAAAAAACGAAAUCACGUAAUAUACAAUAUGAAUUUUACAAAAAAAACUCACCUUGUCUCAUUAUAUCAUGACACUGAUUUUAGAAAUAGUCUGACAAUCGUCUGAAUGAUAAUAGUCUGAACGAUACAUAACUUUUGCC